AUGUCGUCUAGGUAUACAGCUGCUAGUGGCGCACAUCAAAGGUCAGAUUUAAGGACACAAUUAUUUAAUACACCAACACAUCAUAAUUUUACAGGAAUACAGAGACAACAAUAUAACAGAUCACCACUACAACAACAAGGUUUAUCACCAAUACGAUCCAAUCCACCGUCUAGAAACUCAACAUCAUCACCUUAUGAUCAAUCUACACAUCAAUCCUCACAAAAAUAUAAUGAAUCUCUCUUAAACUCACUAGAAUCUCAAAAUGAUGAAGAAAUAGACUCAAUGGGAACCAAAAUCAAUAUGCUAAAAAACUUGGGUGAAAAAAUGGGUAUAGAAAUAAAUAAAUCAAAUGCUUUGAAUAAUGAAAUUACCAAUCUGUUUGAAAAGGGUAAAGUUACUUUAAAGAAUACUUAUAACAAGAUGAUUGUGAUGUCUCAAAGGGCAGGAAUUAGUUGGAAAAUGUGGUUGGUUGUGUUUGGAAUUGUCUUCAUAUUCUUUUUUUAUAUUUGGAUACUAUGA